AAGCCUAACCUCUGUGGAGGCAGCUCACACCAACACCUGGCAAUCUUCAGAGGUUCAUCCAGAGAGUUUUUACACUGCAGGCCCAAUGGCGAGGGUCAUAUCCUCUUAAGUAGUAUUCGUGUGCAAAAAACCAUCAGGAGACCUGGCUGCAGGCAUGUAGUUACAAACUUUACCCUAUUUGAGAUCAUUCACCAAGGGUGUGGAACAGCUGGAGAAAAACACAUUUCCACUGUCAUUAUCCUGGGAAAACUGUCAGAUGUGAGACACUAUGGUUAACAUCCUGAACUAACUGGCCAAUGAGAUGACCGGAGUUUUAUGGUAACAUUUGGCCAUCAGUAAAAUUAAUCACAAAAAGAUAUGAACAAAGUGGAGGGAGGAUUACCACAGUGAACGCUACACUUAAUCUUCACUGCAAGAACCAACAGGGUGCUACAGUAAAAUAAAUUAUCUUCAAGAGCUGGUGCAGAACACCGUAGCAGGCGGUAUGUCGUUCACAGACUAACAGAAAAUAUGAACUUGAGUUUAUGAGCUGGAGAUGUUUUGAUUGCUCCACUUUAUGGUAUACUUGUUCAGGAGAAACCACCAAAUUCCAAAAUGGAUGUCAGGAAAGAGAUGCACCUUCUUAGCAACAGUUUUGCAGCCUAUGCUUACAUAAAAGAUAAUCCAGAAAGCUUUGGACUUUAUUUUGUUAUCGGCGUGUGCUUUGGCUUAAUCUUAACACUUUGCCUGUUGGUCAUUCGCAUCUCCUGUAAGCCACGAACAGAGAUUAUAACCGGAAAGAAGAUCCUAAAGGAUUGCAGUGAAGAAGAGGAUGAUGAUGAUGAUGAUGAAAGUGAAGAAGAAGAAACAGAGGCCCCCCACCCUACAACAGAGAUUGCAGUGGGCAACCACAGUCAAUCCGAUGGAACGUUGAAUGUCAAUGUGUUCACAUCAGCAGAGGAACUGGAACGGGCUCAACGCUUGGAGGAGAGGGAACGAAUCAUUCGAGAAAUUUGGAGGAACGGUCAGCCUGACAUUCUAGGCACUGGCACUGGUACAAUCGGUAGGGUGCAUUACUAUUAACACCUGCACUCUCUUUAAUCUUUAUUGAUGUUGAUGGACCAAUACCUGAUAUGUUUCAAAGAAAAAAACAUGAUUUUUUUUGGACAAUGGUGCUGAGUGAGGAGACAAUCAUUUUUUUGUCAAAUAUAUGAAGAAUUCUUAUCAGAACUGAGCUGACAGUGGAUAUACACUACUUAGAAAUGAUUAUUGUUUUUUUUAUUCCAUUAGACUUUGCCUUUUACUCUGUUCUUCUUCUGGAAAGCAAAUGUUAGGUCGAGUACUUACACUUGCACAUAUCUGAGCAUAUGUUUAUGAAAAAUAUAUAAACAGACUUGAUGUUAUAUCAAUUCAUAUACAGUAUGUUUUCAUUUGGAGUAUAAAACUGAGGGAAAAUGAACUCCUAGAUGCCAUGUUAUGAAAAGCAACUGAUGUGACUAGACAACAUAAUUGCUUUUGUAGCAUUAACUGUAAUGUGACUUAAAAAAGAGGAAUAUGAACUUCAGAAAUCCUGAUAACAAAGCAGAUAGACCUAUAAGGUUUUGUUACAAAAAACAAAUUCAUUGUGUGCAAUAAAUACACUGUUUUAAAAAUGA